CCUUUAUUGAAGCAGCAGCAAUGCACCACUGGGAGCUAGCAGAGCACAUGAGGUGAACCAAUGACAAGAGGCUUGUAUGUGCGACUACUAAUCAGCAGCUAGAGCACCAUAGUGCAUUACAGACACGGCCAGAGCACUGAGAGAUAUCAGGUAUUGAUGUAACUGGAGUGAAUAAGGGAACCUUCUUCCUGAUCAGACAUUGGAGCCUGUUAUCAGCAUGAACUCAUAUGUGUUAGGAAGCAUCAGAAUGAUACCGCAAACUCCAAAAGUCAUAGACACCAAUGACUAUUCACAAACAUUGGGGAAAUCACAGCAGAUAGUUAAAGAAGAUGGCAAAUGGGCAGGCACUGGGCAGCAAUCAUUAUGUACAGAGAGUAAUUUAGUCAUCAAACAAGAGGACAACAUUAAUGCCUUAUCUAGUGAAAUAAAUAUCCCAGAGGAUAAACCACACACAUUUACUGGGUUUUCAAAACAUUUCAAAGAAGGGAAAAGUCUUCAGUCUAUCCAAAUUAUUCAUACAGAUAAGAAACCAUUCAAAUGUACAGAAUGUGAGAAAAUCUUCACAUGUAACUUACAUCUCCUUGAACACUACACAGUUCACACAGUUGUGAAAACUCACACAUGUACAGAAUGUGGGAGAUGUUUCACAUCUAAAGGAAGCCUUAGGUAUCACAAAAAGACCCACACAGGGGAGAAACCUUUCACAUGUAAUGAGUGUGGGAGAUGUUUCAUAUCAAAGGGAACUCUCAUAUCUCAUGAAAAGACCCACACAGGGGAGAAACCUUUCACUUGUAAUGAGUGUGGGAGAUGUUUCACAUCUAAAGGAAUUCUUAUGUUUCACCAAAAGACCCACACAGGGGAGAAACCUUUCACAUGUAAUGAGUGUGGGAGAUGUUUCACAUCAAAGAGAACUUUCAUAUCUCAUGAAAAUACCCACACAGGGGAGAACCCUUACACAUGUACAGAGUGUGGAAAAUGUUUUACACAAAUGAGUAGUCUGAAAAGUCAUGAAAUGAUUCACACAGGAGAAAAGCCUUUCACAUGUACAGAGUGUGGAAAAAGUUUUAUAGAAAAGAGUAGUCUGAAAAUUCAUGAACGGAUUCACACAGGGGAAAAACCUUUCACAUGUACAGAGUGUGGAAAAUGUUUUACACAAAUAAGUUGUCUGAAAAGUCAUGAAAUGAUUCACACAGGAGAAAAGCCUUUCACUUGUACAGAGUGUGGAAAAAGUUUUAUAUACAAGAAGGAUCUAAAAAAUCAUGAAAGGAUUCACACAGGAGAAAAGCCUUUCGCAUGUACAGAGUGUGGAAAAAGUUAUACACAAAAAAGUAAUCUGAGAAAACAUGAAAAUAUUCACACAGGGGAAACCCCUUUCACAUGUACAGUGUGUGGAAAACGUUUUACACUAAUAAGUAUUUUGAAAACGCAUCAAAGGAUUCACAUAGGGGAAAAGCCUUUCACAUGUACAGAGUGUGGAAAAAGUUUUAUAGAAAAGAGGAAUCUGAAAACUCAUGAAAUGAUUCACACAGGGGAAAAGCCUUUCACAUGUACAGAGUGUGGAAAACGUUUUAUAGAGAAGAGGAAUCUGAAAACUCAUGAAAUGAUUCACACAGGGGAAAAGCCGUUCACAUGUACAGAGUGUGGGAAAAGUUUUACACAAAUGAGUCAUCUGAAAACUCAUGAAAUGAUUCACACAGGGGAAAAGCCGUUCACAUGUACAGAGUGUGGAAAAAGUUUUACACGAAUUGAUCAUCUUAAAAUUCAUGAAAGGAUUCACAAGGGAAGAAACCUUUCACAUGUUUAGAAAGUGUAAAAAGACCAAAAACACCAAAUUUUUACUUGCAAAAUAAACUUUAUGUGCACAGUGGACACACUCUCUAAAUAGAAGAGUCAAAAAAGGUUCCUAUUGCAAAAAAAAAUAUUUUUGUUUCAAAAGAGCUUUAUUAUGCCAAGUUGAAAUAUGCAUUGCACAUUAGCAGAGCAUUGUUAAACAGGUACAAUGAAUAAUACAGAAAACUGUCCUGUCAGAGAGUGAAUAAUGGUGGGCAAAGUUUAAGAGAAGGUUAAAUUACCUCUCACAGUUUGUAAAAUGGUAGUAGUGCUCUCUCCGGUGGGCAUCAGUCGGGACUCCAACCUGGGAGUCGCUCUGCAGUGUAUAUACAACUUGAUACAAACCUAUAAACAGUCAAACAAGUAACACAUUAAAAAACGUGUAUGCAGCCAUAAAGGGCAAGAAGGUACUGUGUAUCAGGUAAUCUAUAGUUCCAUGUGCAGGUUAUAGGAGAAGGUGGUAUAAAUAUUGAUUUACAAAGAGG